GUAAACACACACACACACACACACGCACAAAAAAUCUCUUCAUCGGACUGUUCAUCUCCUCGUCGGAAAGGAGGUCGGAGAUAAAGAAAUGGAGUCCACUCUUAAGGAAUACUUCGGGUUCACGAAAUUCCGACCGUACCAGAAAGAAAUAGUGGAGAAUAUUCUGCAAGGGAAAGAUUGCUUAGUAGUUAUGGCCACUGGCAGUGGCAAGUCAUUGUGCUAUCAGGUGCCGCCAUUGAUUACGAAAAAGACUGCUAUAGUCAUAAGCCCACUUAUAUCCCUAAUGCAGGAUCAGGUAAUGGCAUUGAAGCAAAGGGGUAUACGUGCCGAGUAUCUUUCUAGCGCUCAAACGGAUCGUAAUGUGCAUAAUAAUGCUGAAGGUGGUCGAUAUGAUAUUUUGUACAUGACACCGGAGAAGGCCUGCAUGCUCGCUGCCAGUUUCUGGUCAAGAUUACUAGAUUCCGGGAUUUGCCUAUUGGCUGUUGAUGAAGCGCAUUGUAUAUCGGAAUGGGGUCACAAUUUCAGGGUGGAAUACAAACAAUUAGAUAAACUGCGCGAUGUUCUUUUAAGUGUUCCAUUUGUUGGAUUGACAGCAACUGCUACUGAAAAGGUUCGUGGUGACAUUGUAAAGUCAUUGAAGUUGCAAGUGCCGCAUGUAACUAUCGGCUCAUUUGACCGCCAGAAUCUAUUCUACAGCGUCAAAUCUUUUGACCGGGGUACUGCUUUUCUGAAUGAGCUUGUGACCGAGAUAUCUGCAUGUGCGGACAAGGCGGGUUCAACUAUAAUAUACUGUACAACUGUCAAAGAUGUUGAACAGAUUUUUGCGUCCCUCAAGGAAGCAAGAAUUGAAGCUGGAAUGUACCAUGGACAAAUGUCUAAUAAAACCCGUGAGGACAGCCACAGAUCAUUUAUCCGGGAUGAAUUUUAUGUAAUGGUUGCAACUAUAGCUUUUGGCAUGGGUAUCGACAAGCCUAAUAUAAGACAUGUUAUACACUAUGGCUGUCCAAAGAGUUUGGAAUCAUAUUAUCAGGAAAGUGGGCGUUGUGGUAGAGAUGGAAUUCCUUCAUUCUGCAAGCUAUAUUACACAAGAAGUGACUUUGCAAAGGCUGAUUUCUAUUGCUCGGAAGCACACACCGCAGCCCAAAGGAAAGCAAUAAUGGAGUCAUUUGCGGCUGCACAACGCUAUUGUACGACAACAACUUGCAGACGAAAAUUUCUGUUGGAAUACUUUGGCGAGACGUGCUCAUUUGGUAGCUGCGGAACCUGUGAUAAUUGCACCAACUCGAAGACAGAGAGCGAUAUGUCUAGAGAGGCAUUUCUUCUGAUGGCUUGCAUUCAGUCAUGCGGGGGUAACUGGGGUCUCAAUUUGCCUGUAGAUGUUCUUCGUGGAUCUAGAUCUAAGAAAAUCCUUGAUGCCAAUUUUGAUAAGCUUCCAUUCCAUGGCCUUGGAAAAGAUAUGCCAGCUAAUUGGUGGAAAGCACUAGCUUAUCAGCUCAUUUCAAAUGAUUAUUUGGUGGAGACAUUCAAAGAUUUGUACAAAACUUUAAGAGUUGGACCAAAAGGGAUGCAGUUCUUGAAUUCCUGCAACCCUGAUUAUCAGCCCCCGUUAUAUCUAACAUUGACACCAGAGUUGUUGCGCGACGACACUAGCAAAGAUGCAGUUGGUAAUGGAGUUGUCAAUAGUUUGGCGCAGCCUGAAUUUGACAGGUUAUCUCAGGCUGACGACCAGCUCUAUAAGAUGCUUGUAGAAGAGAGAAUGAAACUCGCGAGAAACAACGGAACAGCUCCGUAUGCAAUAUGUGGUGACCAAACAUUAAGGAGGAUAACAUUGACGAGGCCUUCUACAAAAGCAAGACUAGCAAAUAUUGAUGGUGUAAACCAGUACUUUUUGAAAACAUACGGUGAUCAUUUGCUAGAAAGCAUCCAACGCCUAUCACAAGAAUUGGGUCUCUCCUUGGAUGCGGAGCCCGUUUCAGAAUCUCCAACGCCAAGUAAGGCUGCAACCCUCCCGGGAAAUAAAAGACUAACACCUGCAAAGUUUGAAGCUUGGAGAAUGUGGCAAGAAGAAGGCUUUACAGUUCAAAAAAUUGCUAAUUAUCCAGGCAGACCAGCUCCAAUAAAGGAAGAGACUGUGUUCGAGUAUAUUCUUGAAGCGUCACGAGAGGGGUGUUCACUUGAUUGGGAUAGAUUAUGUCUUGAGCUUGGACUAACUCAGGACAUAUUUGAUCGCAUUCAGAAUGCUGUAUCGAAAGUCGGAAAAGAAAAGUUAAAACCUAUAAAGAACGAGUUACCAGAAGAGGUAAGCUAUAUCCAGAUAAAAGUCGGUUUGCGUAUGCAAGAAAUGGGAAUAUCAAUGGGACUUGUUUCACCUAGCAAACGGCAAAAACUCGAGGUCCCACAAGUACAAGAGCCUGUUGUUGCUGUGGAGGCAACUGAGAAUUCUGUGCUCGAGUGGCUUGCUAAUUUCAAAGAUGGGGUUUUGCUAUCCGAUAUCUUGAAGCAUUUCAAUGGAUCGACAGAAGAGUCGGUGGUUGAUCUACUGACGAAUCUGGAGGGUGAGUUUUUGAUAUUUAAAAAGAACAAUCUUUACAAACUCAUGUAAACAUGGUGAAGAUGUGCUUUGUUGUGUAAUUAUCACUUAGCAAACCGGAAGUUUGCGAUACUCGUAUAUAUGUGAUUUUCUUUUUUCUUUU